AUGGCUUGGUUUCUUAGCUUUCUCUUUCUCUUUUUCAUCUCUUCUGCUAGUGCUUGUGAUCGAUGUGUUUUCCAAUCUAAAGCUAGCCAUCUUUACGAAUCACCUACAACAUAUGGGGGAGCAUGUGGUUAUGGAAACUUGGCAUUGCAGUUCUCUAAUGGCUUCUUUGCAGCUGCUGUGCCUUCUCUUUAUAAACAAGGAGCUGGUUGUGGGGCUUGCUAUCAAGUAAGGUGCAAAAAUAGAAGGCUUUGCAAUACAGUAGGAACUAAGGUGGUAUUGACCGAUCAAAAUAAUGACAAUGUAACAGACCUUGUUCUUAGUCCAAAGGCUUUCUUUACUAUGGCUCUCAAUGGUAAAGGUUCAGAUCUUUUGAAUCUUGGAGUGGUUGAUGUUGAAUACAAGAGGGUGCCAUGUGAAUAUCCAAAUAGAAAUUUGUUUGUGAGAGUGGAAGAAUCAAGUUACAAUCCAUUCAAGUUGGCAAUAAAAUACUUCUACCAAGGUGGCCAAACAGACAUGGUUGCUGUUGAUAUUGCUCAAGUUGGGACCUCAGAUUGGAGCCAUAUGAAGAGAAGUUAUGGAGCUGUUUGGGAAACAGACAAUGUACCUGAAGGUGCAUUACAGUUGAGAAUGGUGGUUACUUCUGGAUACGAUGGAAAAUGGGUUUGGGCAAAGUCCGUACUUCCUGCUAAUUGGAGAGCUGGGAUGAUCUAUGAUACUGGUGUUCAAAUCAACGACAUUGCCAAAGAGAGUUGCCCUCCUUGGCAAUGUGGUGAUGCACAAUGGAAAUAA